UCAGAGUUGGACGUUAUGAUUGAUGACGUGUGGGUAUUUGCCUGAGACCACAUACACACACAAGUAAGACGAGGAAUCCCGAAUGUGAGCGACCUUCCAUUCUUUAAUUAAUGAAUACGUACCUGAUCCAUUCAUGAAGGUCUCGAGCUGAAAGUCCGUGGUGGCCUCCGCCAACAUAUAUGAAACAUGGCAGUAGUACACUUGGACGUCGCGCGGGUAAGGGUAGAUGACAUGUAGGUAUCGGCCUGAGACCACAUACACACACAAGUCAGACACGACAAAUCCCGUAUGUGAGCGACUUUCCAUUCUUUAAUUAAUGCAUACCCGAGCCAUUAAGGAAGUUCUCGACCUCAAACCUCGUGUAGGCCAAUGCUAACUUAUCAAACACCUCCUGCCGCACACACACAUCACCAUCAAGGAGGGGAAUGCAUGCAAUGCACCCAUACUCGUUUUCUCCAUCCAGGCAAUGAGGAAUACAUCUGUCUGUCUGAUGUCGAGGAAUGUUGGAGGAAUGCAUCGCUCCCGUCGCCACAAAGGCACUCUCUCUUGCUAUUCUACCGCUGGCAUCGCUCUCUGCCCUCCUUGCUCCGUCCUUUGUGUGUCGUGCUCACCUCCUCUACGUCGUUUGCCUCGGUGGCCAUGUGGGCGGGGGUUGCGGCGACGGCCAUCCGGCUGGCCGUCCCUCCCGCACACAUGGCCACGUACGCAGAAACACUCUCAAAGAAAGGCAUUCUCAC